AUGUUUGUUCGUAAUGAUAGCAAGACCUUUCGUUUUUGCAGAUCCAAAUGUCACAAGAAUUUCAAGAUGAAGCGUAAUCCUCGUAAGGUUCGCUGGACCAAGGCCUUCAGAAAGGCCAGCGGAAAGGAGAUGGUCAUUGAUUCCACCUUUGAAUUUGAAAAGCGUCGCAAUGUACCUGUUCGUUAUGAUCGUAACAUGAUGGCAACUACCAUCAAGGCCAUGAAGCGUGUGCAGGAAAUCAGAGCUAAGCGUGAACGUGCAUUCUACAAGAACCGUAUGGCUGGUAACAAGGAGAAGGAGAAGGAAGAUGAUGUUCGUGUGGUUAAUCAAAAUAUCGAAUUGGCUCCUCUCGAGUCCAAGAAGAGAGUGCAAGCUAUCAAGGCAGAGAAGGCAAAGGCCGAAACCAUGGAUAUGGAAGAUUAG